UCUGAGGGUAUAAAGUACCGUCAAUGGCAGGAGCUCAGAGUGGACAUGCUGUUUCAGUGCUGAGGCUCCAUACCAUCACCUCUCUCCUUCUCCUUCUACUUUACCAUCAACGUUUCGUCUUCCGUCAGCCAUGGGAGUUGCCUACAGUGUUGGAGAGGUUGACCACCUCUACACCUUCUUUGUGCAGUGGUCACCAGAUAUCUAUACUAAAGGAAACAAAAAGCACCACCAACCCCACUACCUCAUUAGAGAGAAACAUCAGAAUCGCUAUUUGGUGGUGGAGAAGAACAAAGUGGCUGUAAUCAAUAAACUACUCAGCAACCCUGUCAACCCCACAGCAAAAAACUGGGAGAUCAUCACAGUGAAGGACUCUAAGCGGCGCCUGAGUCUCUGUAGCUCGGAGGAAUCUGAAGCAGAGGAGCCCGAGUACAAUGAGGAGUCUGAUGACAUUAUCCCCGUCCUGAGCGAAUACAGCCAGCUGCUCGAUGACCACCACCUGGAGAGGCUUGCUGCUCAUAUGCCAGCAAGGACUCAAGGCUACCCAUGGCAACUGGUUUACAGCACUGCCAUCCAUGGGAGCAGCCUGAAAACACUAUACAGGAACAUGGCUGGUCUGGACAGUCCGGUGCUGCUAGUCGUCAAAGACAUGCAUAAAAAGGUGUUUGGAGCUUUUUCCUCUGACCCAUUCAGAGUCAGUAAAUACUGCUACGGUACAGGAGAAACCUUUCUGUUCAGCUUCAACCCAGACUUCCAGGCGUACAGGUGGAGCGGGGAGAACUCCUACUUUGUGAGCGGCAACUUGGAAUCUCUGCAGAUUGGUGGAGGAGGGGGGGGCUUUGGCCUAUGGCUGGAUGCUGAUCUGUACCACGGUUCCAGUUUUUCCUGUCCCACCUUCCACAACGAGCCUCUCUCCACACAAAAGGACUUCAUUGUACAAGACCUCGAAGUCUGGACUGUGCAGGGCUGAAGGAGCACAUCUGGAAAGAUGAGAGAAAAACAAAGUAGAAGCCACUGUCCUGUCUGGAGUAACAGAACUUUAAGACUAAAAGGACUGCAUGUGGUUUAACCACCACCACUGUACGUAACCCAAUAGAACAGCAGCUAUCAUCUGUGUUCCUGGCUCAGAUUAGUCCACAUAUGAAGCCUGUUCCUGUGGUUCUCAGGCUGGAAAUCCUGUUAAUGCUGGUUUGAUCUGUGCCUGUUUCUACUUAAAGAUGAGUGGCUGGAUGAAAUCCUGUGAUUCAGGGCCCUGCUGCUUUAAACUGGCUAUUCCUUAGUAGCCCUGUGCUAAGCCCAGUAAGUAACUGGCACCUGAAGCUUUAAGCCCUCCAUGCCCUCACUUGGUUGUGGAGAGCAUUAUAAUACAAAGUUCACAGUAACAUUGUUGGAUAAAAAAAAAUUGUAACUCCUGGAUUAAAGGAAAGUUUUUAUUUUAUUUUAUGUUUAACGGCCAUGUGCAUUUGCAACAUUUUAAAUUGUGUUUACAGUAUGUGCACAUGUGGGCUCGAUGAUAUAUGGCACAUAAAUGGGCAUAAAUCUUAAAGACAAAAAUGUGAAAUAAAUUAAUUAAUACUAAAAACACUGUGACAUGACACGAUCCUGAGUGACUUAUCUUAACUGUAAUUGUACUGUUUUUCCUCAUAAGAGAUCCAGUUUUAAUGUACUACUGUACAGCUGCAGGUAUAGACCAAACCACUCAGGUCCAGUAAUAAGAAUAUAGAGUUGUACUAUUAACAGUGCAUUAUUUGUGAUGAUUGUUGUUUGUGGAGGAAGGGGCUUCAACUGCUAACUGUCACUUCUUCUUCUGUCAGUGACACAUUUGUAUGUUUGUAUAGAUGGAUUCAUAUUUUUGAGGAAGAUAUACUGUACCUUUUCUAAACUCAAAAGAUUAAACAAGCAGUUAAAUCUUUUUUAUUAUACAUUAUGCAUUAUGCAUUUUUAAGAAAAGUUUAACAGGAAAGCAAAGCAAAUGUCCAUGAUGUUCCUGUUUUUUGUUGGUUUUACAUUUCUUUGUGUUUGUAUGUAAAUCUAUCAGGCAGUGCUGGCGCUGCCAAUGUUGUGUGAAAUCACAUUAAAACUUUGUCUUUACUGCU